GGUACACUUCCGUGUCACAGUUCACGUUACACACGUGAGAGAAGAAGAAAACAGCGGCUUCAGUUUCAGUGGACAGGAUGGACGCGAAAGUGAAGAAACAGAAGAAGCAUCAGCAAAAACACAGUGGACCUCAGGCGGAGAAGAAGAAGCUGAGGAAGCACGGCGCCUCGACAGAGGAGGAUGGCCGCAAACGCAACCCCAAAGCGUUUGCGGUUCAGUCCGCGGUCCGCAUGGCCAAGACCUUCCACAGGGCUCAGGACAUAAAGACGAAAAAACAUCACAUCCCUCAUGUGGACCGGGCGCCUCUGGAGCCGCCGCCGGUCGUGAUCGUCGUCGUUGGGCCGCCGAAGGUGGGAAAGAGCACGCUGAUCCGCUGCCUGAUCAAAAACUUCACACGGCAGAAGCUCGGAGACAUAUGUGGACCGGUGACCAUCGUCUCUGGAAAGAAGCGUCGCCUGACGUUCAUGGAGUGCAGCAACGACAUCAACACCAUGAUCGACCUCGCCAAAGUGGCCGACCUGGUCUUGAUGUUGAUUGACGCCAGCUUUGGCUUCGAGAUGGAGACGUUUGAGUUCCUGAACAUCUGCCAGGUGCACGGCUUCCCACGCAUCAUGGGCGUUCUCACGCACCUGGACUCGUUCAAGAACAACAAGACUCUAAGGAAGACGAAGAAAAACCUCAAACAUCGAUUCUGGACCGAAGUUUAUCAGGGAGCGAAGCUGUUCUACCUUUCUGGGAUGGUUUACGGCGAAUACCAGACGCAGGAGGUGAAGAACCUCGGUCGCUUCAUCUCCGUCAUGAAGUUCCGUCCUCUGGUGUGGCAGACGUCUCACCCUUACGUGCUGGUCGACCGCAUGGAGGACCUGACGGACCCCGAGAAAGUGAGGACUGAGCCCAAGUGUGACCGCACCGUGUCUCUCUACGGCUACCUGAGAGGGACAUUUCUGAAAAACAAAGGCCAGGUCCACAUACCAGGCGUUGGUGACUUCCAGGUGGCGGACGUUAACUUCCUGCCCGACCCGUGUGCUCUGCCGGAUGCUCAGAAGAAGAGGGCACUGAACGAGAAGGAGCGUCUGCUCUACGCGCCCAUGGCAGGCGUGGGCGGAGUCGUUUACGACAAAGACGCCGUGUAUAUUGACCUUCCUGCCAGCCAUGUCAAGCAGCAGCAGGAGGAAGUGCGUCCGACCACGGAACUCGUCCAGUCCCUCAUCGACACGCACGCCACGCUGGACGUGAAGAUGGCGGCGAGUAAAGUGUCGCUGUUCAGUGACUCGGCCACACUGGACCCGGCACUCAUCGACGAGCAGAGAGGCGAGGACGAACGUCUUCACGAGAAACGCGUGUGGGAUCCGAAUACCCAGAGAGAGAGGAGGGCGGUGGUUUUCUCUGAGAAGGACGACGAAGAUGAUGAUGAUGAUGAUGAUGACGACGAUGAUGAUAACGGCUCCAGUGAUGAGGAGGAGGAGGAGGACGGAGACGAUGGCGAUGGCGAUCACCUCUCCGCGUUUCUUAAAGAGGCAAGAGCCAAGUCUGGUGGUGAUCAUGUGACCGUCGGUCCACCGCCAGAGAAGAGACAGAGAGUGGAGGAGGGAGGAGCGAGGGAGGAGGGAGUCGCCGAGGUGCCGGCGUUUGCAGACAGCGAGGAUGACCUGGAGAUGAGUGAGGAAGAGGAGGAGGAGGAGAAGAGAGCGGGAGACUCUGGACAUUGUUCUGAGGAGGACAGCGAUGAGGAGGAGGAAGACGAUGAAGCUGCGGUGAAGGAAGAAAUAGACAGUGAGGAGGAAGAAGAAGAAGAGGGGGAGGAGGAAGAUGCGGGAGCUCUGCGGUGGAAGCAGGAUCUGCAGCAGAAAGCGUCGGCGGCGUUUCUACGGCAACAAGAAUCCGCCCCCAACCUCCGUAAACUGGUUUAUGGUUCUGCCGCGGGGGCGGGAGACUCGGAUGAGGAGGAAGGGGAGGAGCUCGGGGGCCUGUUUCGCGUCAGUCGACCUCAGAAGAGCAAACGGUUCACGGCGAACUCGGUGGACUGCUCGCGCUUUGCGGCUGACUCCGCCCACAACUGGGACCUGGAGGAGAUGAUGAACUCCAUCAGAGACUGUUUCGUCACAGGGAAGUGGGAGGAGGGACAGGACGCAGCCACGCUGCUGAAGGAGGACGAGGAGAUGUACGGAGACUUUGAAGAUCUGGAAACAGGAGAAGUCCACAAGGGUCAAACAGGACAGAAGGAUCGCGCCGAGGACAGUGAGGAGGAGGAGGAGGGUGAGGGUGAUGAUGAGGAGACUCUGGUGAAGGUGGACGACGACGUCGCUCAGAAGAACAAGCGCCUGGAUAAGAAGCGUCGCCUGAAGGAGCGAUUCGACGCCGAAUACGACGACAAGGACGCAACUUACUUUGACGACCUGAAGGAGGAGAUGCAGAAACAGGCCGAGCUGAACAGGGCGGAGUUUGAGGACGUGGAUGACGAGACCAGAGUGCAGUACGAAGGCUUCCGUCCGGGCAUGUACGUCAGAUUAGAAAUCUCCUCGAUCCCCUGCGAGUUCGUCACCAACUUCGACCCUCACUAUCCCAUCAUCCUUGGCGGUCUGGGCUCCAGUGAAGGCAAUGUAGGCUACCUGCAGCUGCGACUGAAGAAACACCGCUGGUACAAUCGCAUCCUGAAGACACGCGACCCGCUCAUCCUGUCCCUGGGCUGGAGACGCUUUCAGACCAUGCCGCUGUACCACAUCGAGGACCACAACGGACGCCACCGUCUGCUCAAGUACACGCCGCAGCACAUGCACUGCGGCGCCUCCAUCUGGGGUCCGAUCACGCCGCAGGGCACCGGGUUCCUCGCUCUGCAGACGGUCGCAGGAGUUAAAGCUAAUUUCCGUAUCGCAGCGACCGGCGUGAUCCUGGAUCUGGAUAAAUCUGUGACUGUGGUGAAGAAGCUGAAACUCAUCGGUUAUCCGUACAAGAUCUUUAAGAACACGAGUUUCGUUAAGGGGAUGUUCAACACGGUGCUGGAAGUCGCUAAAUUUGAAGGUGCCUCUAUACGCACGGUGUCCGGGGUCAGAGGUCAGAUCAAGAAGGCUUUGUCGACACCAACGGGAGCUUUCAGAGCCACGUUUGAAGACAGACUGCUCAUGAGCGACAUCGUGUUCCUGCGCUCCUGGUUUCCCGUGGCCAUCCCUCAGCUCUACAACCCGGUGACCUCUCUGCUGCUCCCUGCUGGACAGAAGGACACGUGGUCGGGCAUGAGGACGCUGGGGCAGCUCAAACACGAGCUGGGAAUCCGCAACAAACCCAACACCGACUCCUUGUACAAGCCCGUCGUCAGAGCUCAAAGACACUUCAACCGUCUCCACAUCCCCAAAGAGCUGCAGAAGGCCCUGCCCUUCAAGAGCAAACCCAAACAACAGCAGCCGAAGGGGAAGACGCCCAGAGACCUGCAGCGUCCUUCUGUGAUCAGAGAACCUCACGAGAGGAAGGUGGCGGCGCUGCUCCACGCUCUGAGCACCGUCCACAACCACAAGAAGAGGAAAGCGCAGAGUGCGCAGCACAGCAAACACAAGGACUUCCUGCGGCAGAAGCAGAAAGACGAGGAAGCCAAAAUGCAGCGGCAGAAGGAAGCGCGUAAGAAGCUUUACCGCGCCAUCGGCCAGAAAGACCAAAAGAAGCAGAGGUCCAGCCUGAAGGGGGCGCCACAGGACGACUGACACUCUGUGUCUGGACUGAAUCAUCUUUUUAAGAAUAUUUUUUUCUUUAUGUAUUGAAAUGAAGAUUUUCUGAAGAAAAAUUAA